GAAAAAAGCACUAUGUUUAAAAGGUUAAAAGAAUUCAUUCAAAAUAACACUACAAAACAUGGAAUAUUAGAUUCAGAAUCAAAUAUUAAACUUAUUUUUAGUUUAGUCGAAUUUAUUGUUAUUUUAUUUAAUAUCGUUAUUUUGCCUUUAAGAUUUUCCUUUGGGGAUAUAUUAAAAUCUAAUUAUUUAUAAAUUUUUGAUUCUUUUACAAUGUCAAACAUUUUAUUACAAAUAUAUAUAAAACUUAACACAUCUUAUUUUUCAAAAGGCGAAAUUGUAAAUAUAAGAUAUUAAAUAUUUAAAAAAUAUUUAAAAACAACUAUGAUAUUUGAUAUAAUAAUAUUAGUAUUUUAUUUAGUUAGUAUAUUUUCAUAUAAUUUAAAUUAUUUAAGCAUAAUAUAUUUAUUAAAAAUCUGUAAAUUUUAUGAAAUUUACAGUUUUAUUGAAAAUAAAUUUUAAUUAAGAGAUUAAUUAAGUACUCUCUCAGAUUCUCUUCAACUAAUUUUUCUUGUUUUCUUUGUAGCACAUUUAUCUGGUUGUGCUUUUUACAAAAUAGGGAUUCUUGAAAUGCAAAAAGGAAACAUAUCCUAUUUGACUGAUAUUCAUGCCUAAAAUGAUCCUUGGUAAGAAAUCUAUGUAACUUCCAUAUAUUGGAGUAUAGUAACAAUGACUACAUUGGGAUAUGGAGAUAUUAUUCCUAAAAAUACAAAAAAUAAAGAAGAAUAUAAUAUUGCAUAAUAACUUGUUGAUAAUCUUACUACUACUUUGAAAACUUCAUUAAAAGAAGAUGUUUAUGGGAAAAUAUUAACUUCUUAAAAGUUGUUGGAUUGGAAUUAUUAAAAUACAUAUGUAUUUUGA